AUGAUUCAGUUAAAUUGGCCUGCUAUUGGUUUCACCAUUUUGCCCAACUUGGGAGGAAUUGCAGGCGGCUUUAUCACCAGAAAGAGUAUUAAUCCAUGGUAUGAAAAUCUGAAGAAACCAAAAUGCAGGCCACCAAAUUGGGCGUUUGGCCCUGUUUGGACAACUUUAUACAGUGGAAUGGGAUAUGCUUCAUAUCUUGUCUACAGAGACGGGGGUGGAUUUCAGGGGCCAGCCAAAUUACCCUUAAUUGUCUACGGGGUUAAUCUCGCAGCUAAUUGGGCAUGGACACCAAUUUUCUUUGGAAAGAAGGAUGUACAACUGGCUCUCAUUGAGAUUCAGCUAAUAAACGGCACAGCUUUGGGAUUGACAUACCUUUUCCACAAGAUCAACCCUACAGCUGGCUACCUUAUCGUACCAUAUUGCAUCUGGUUAGGUUUGGCCACUGCCUUAAACUACUGCAUUUGGAGAGACAACAAAACCCCACCAGCUAUAACUGAAAUCAAAGAGCAAUAA